CACACCUCUCGAACCAAGAUACUCUGUUUCUGGCGAUUCCGACAAACGAUGACAAAGCCCUGGCAAGCUUGCUCUUUACUUCUACAUAAUAUGUGAGCUUUCCCUGCGACGACCCCGGAUCCCGCAACAACUUCAGGAUGGCAACAAUUGUCUACGAGGGCGUGGGCGGCGGCGGAAGUCUUUUUCGGGGAAACAGGUUCUUUCUUCUGCAGCGCAUACCUUCGAGGAAUCAAUGGAGAGAUGCCAUAUUGGCAAACGGCGGGGAAGUUGUGCCCCUGGAAGAGCGCGCCGACAUAGUUAUCGCAGACCAUGCACGAAAAGACCAACCAGUCGGAUCUAUAUCAUGGACUUUCAUAGAAGCCUCGCUUAAGAAGGGGGAGCUUGUAAAUCCAGAAGAGCACAGUGCUGGACCUGCUACUGCCACCAUCCGACCUGUUGGUUCUUCACAACCUGCGAAGACUGGUAGAACGAAGUUCACUGCGGAGGACGAUCGCAUCCUUAUGAAUUGGUGUGCAAAGGCAGAACGUCAGGGGCAAUCAUUGAGAGGCAACAUCAUAUUUCAGCAGCUAGAGGCUGUAAAUAAUAGGCACACUUACCAGUCGUGGAGGGAUCGUUGGGUCAAAUAUGUAUCGGAGCAGCCUAGACCCCAAGAAUUACAAGACAAUGAUGAUCAUGAGGCUGAAGAGGAGGAGGACGGACCAAGUCCUGUUCGUCAAGCUCUGCCACGCCCAGCAGUUCCACGACCGACACCUCAGCCAGCGCCAAGCCGUGCACCUCCCCCUGCUAGGGUGGCAGCAAGAAGAGCGCCAAUUGAGCCUGCACCAAGCCAGAAAGUGAAAAGCUCUCCAAUAUCACGCUCGUCUAACACUACUCCUGUCAUCCGUAGGUCCAAGGGAGGGAGUGUCUUUUCGGAUGUUGAGACGCAAUUAUUACUUGAGAACUAUGACGAAAUUAUGAAUAUUGGGGAUGAUCAAGUUAUUGACGCUUGGAUUGCUUGGUCUUCCGUACAUUCCAACCAUACAGCUCAAGAAUGGCGGAAUUAUUUCAAUGAGUACGUGGUGCCGAAAGUGAUCGCAGACGAAAAGCGAAAAAAAGCAAAGCCCCCAGUGAAAGCAACUUACACCGUUCAGACGAUCCCUGGCCCAAGCGGAUCGAAGCAUGGCAAACAACAAGCUCUUGAAGUCAAAGACUCGCAAGGGUCGUCAGGUGAAGCAUUCCACUCACCGAAACAGGACACAACUACAGUUGAUGACACCAUAGCUGAUGAAGCAACUUUCAAGCGCAAUAUACUUCAUCUAGCAGAGCAACUCGGUCUUGAUGUAAAUUUCAACCCAAUCAUUUGUGGAAGACCGAUACCACUUUUUAGACUUUGGCAAAUUGUCGAGUCGGAUGAACUUGGUGGAUAUCAUGAAGUCAACGAGCGCAAUCUGUGGUAUAAAGUCGCCAAAAAGCUCAACUUUAAUGAGUUCAAACACAAGAAUGCCGACGCAGAAAUCAGGGACUGCUUCCGCGAGAUUCUCGCUGAUUAUGAAGACAUCGAGAAAAACACGGAAGAGAUAGAGGAAGACGUGAGCAUGACCGAGUCGCAAGAGAGGGCCAUGAUCAAUGAUCAGCUUCGCCAAACUGCCGCGAGGGAGACCCAAAAUCUCGCGAACCCAGAGGCCAUAGAAGAUGAUGACGAGGACGAUGAUCUUGAUCGGCCACAGUCCACGCCAAGACAGAUUUUGCGCCCAAGCAAGCGAAGGUUUGACAACUCAGGUCAAGACUUCCUGUUGAAUAAACGGCUUCGGUCCGAUAAAGGGAAAGGGAAAGAGCCCAAAAUCCCAUCCACGCCCGAGGAUGUUAUCAAUGGAGAGCACAUACCCGGAUCCUCUUUCAAUUCAUCGGAUGUACAUUAUCCAGAACUCAACCAUCACGAAGAUAAUGAAUCUCUUGACGGUCUCUUUGUCCAGCCCACAAAACAGCGACCAGCAGCAUCCUCGUUUCAACGGCCUUCUCUUCCCUCUCGCAUACUGGAGCCUGAAACUCAAGAUUUUCAUUUCAUCCCUAACCCCGAAGAGAGUUUCCACGGAGCUCUUGAUGAUCUGACGCCUUCACCGCGACGAAGCAGCCCCGAACUUCCAGACCGCCAUAGAUCCAGUAUCGCAGCCACACACGGAACACCAGGUUCUUCAAACAGAAAUGAUGAAUCAUCCACUCAGUCCCAGACGGAUGAGCAACGUAAUGCAGAGAUAGAGACAUUCAUUGACCAACACAUUUCGAUGGGCAAUACUCAAGAUAACGUGCUUGCCGCUCUCGAGAGCACAUGCAAUGAAUUUACCCAUGCCGCUUUCGUCAUGGAAAGUCUUUACAGUGGCGAAGGCAUUCCCGAAAACUUACCUGGUGUGUGGACUUGGUCCGAUGACCAAGCUAUCUACAAGAGAAAAGAAAGUUCAGAAUUCGAGAAAGUAGUAAGGAAACAUGGCAUCAAAGGAGUUAUAAAGAGGAAAAAGUUCUUAAGAAAACAGAAGAAGGCUGACGAGUUUGUGGCUUCUGGAAACUCUUAGUUGAGCUUAGACGUUAGGGCCAUUAGGGCUGAAUGACGGAUAGCAGAUGCCCCCACAUUACCAAGGAAUAGCAAUCUGGCGUUCUUGAGCGGAGUUUUGUUUAUAGUCACUAUGCGAAUACCCAUUUCCUUGUCUUGUAGAAUUUUAUCGAGACAAUAGCGAGCGGAGGCAACUCCGGCAUAAUUGGAGAGAGCAGGUGAAUCGGUCAAUAGCUGGCGUUGCCUAUCCUGAACCAGUGAUAGAGAUUUGGAGGAAUGGGAUAUUCGUUCUUGGAUUGCACAAGAGAGAUCAGUCAAUCAUAAU